AGGGCCCGGCGGGGCGGGACGGGGGCGGCCCGGAGGCGGCGGCCCCGCCAUGGCGGUGUCCCCCUACGUGCAGGCCAUGCAGGAGCUGUUCCGAGCCAACACGCGGAGCCGCGAGUUCCCGGCUCACGGCGCCAAGGUGCACUCGGUGGCCUGGAGCUGCUGCGGCCGCCGCCUGGCCUCCGGGUCUUUCGAUAAGACGGCCAGCGUCUUCCUGCUCGAGAAGGACCGGCUGGUGAAGGAGAACAACUACCGGGGGCACGGGGACAGCGUGGAUCAGCUCUGCUGGCACCCCAGCAACCCCGACCUCUUCGUUACGGCGUCCGGGGACAAGACCAUCCGCAUCUGGGACGUCCGCACCACCAAGUGCAUCGCCACCGUCAACACCAAAGGGGAGAACAUCAACAUCUGUUGGAGCCCUGAUGGGCAGACCAUUGCAGUGGGGAACAAGGAUGAUGUUGUCACCUUCAUCGAUGCCAAGACACAUCGCUCCAAAGCUGAGGAACAGUUCAAGUUUGAGGUGAAUGAGAUCUCCUGGAACAACGAUAACAACAUGUUCUUCCUCACUAACGGGAACGGCUGCAUCAACAUCCUCAGCUACCCGGAGCUGAAACCCAUUCAGUCCAUCAACGCCCAUCCUUCCAACUGCAUCUGCAUCAAGUUUGAUCCCAUGGGGAAGUACUUUGCCACGGGCAGCGCUGAUGCGCUCGUCAGCCUCUGGGAUGUGGACGAGCUGGUGUGCGUGAGGUGCUUCUCGAGGCUGGACUGGCCGGUGCGAACGCUGAGCUUCAGCCACGACGGGAAGAUGCUGGCGUCGGCAUCGGAGGAUCACUUCAUUGACAUUGCGGAGGUGGAGACGGGAGAGAAGCUCUGGGAGGUGCAGUGCGAGUCCCCCACCUUCACAGUGGCCUGGCACCCGAAGAGGCCUCUGCUGGCCUUCGCCUGCGACGACAAAGAUGGCAAAUACGACAGCAGCCGGGAGGCAGGCACUGUCAAGCUCUUUGGGCUCCCCAAUGACUCCUAAGGAAACGGCAGCGGGGCAGGGCACCGGGGAGGCGAUGCUUCCCUGCUCUCGGGGCUGGGAGAGUGCUUAGGUAGCGUAGGACGGGGUGAGGAGGUUGCUCCCCUCCUUACCUGCUUGGCAGUGCCCUCGCGUUGUCUCAGCUCCGUGUGUGCCGCUCUCCAGAGCAUUUGUAAAAAGCAGCUUGGGUGCUGGUGAGGCUGGGGGGUGCCAGCACAGCCCCCCCUCACUGUCUCAGGGCUGCCUUGUCUCCAGGCCACGAAGGGCCUGUUCCCAAGGCAAGUGGCCAAAGAAAAUCACUGAACGUGAGUGCCGAGGAGCCUCCCGAGGCAGGAGCACCGCUCUAGGGCAGCGGCACGCAGCUCCCCAGCAGCCAUAAGCUGUGUGACCAUCCCCUGCUCUCCACCCUCGCGGCCCGGAGCACGGCCUGCCCCUUCCCCUCCCACACGUCCCCCGUCUCUUCCCCGUGUGGGAACAGCAGCGGGGCAGCACGGGGAGGGUGGGGACGCGCGGGCUGGGGGAUGUUUCCCCCUGCUGGGGCAUUUUUUUUUGUACGUGUGGUUGUUUUUAUAAUUUUGAUAAAUCCUCUUCCAUAACGAA